AUGAACCUCUGCGAGCACACAAUAUCCAUCGACUUUAAAGGCCCUUUGAAAGAUGGGAAAUACAUUUUAGUUGCAUAUGACCUAUACAGUCAAUAUCCGGUUGUGGGAUACUGUAAUUCAACAUCGUUCGCAAACAUUAAGCCAGUUUUGGAUUCAAUCUUUGCCACUUUUGGAAAAGUGCAUACAGUCAAAACAGACAACGGACCACCAUUUCAUGGUCACCAAUUUCACGAAUACGCAGAGAAGAAGGGAUUUUACCACCACAGAAUCACACCGAGACAUCCACAAGCCAACGGUGAAUGUGAACGAUUCAUGCAAAAUGUGAACAAAGCUAUUCGGAUAGCAAAGAAAGAAAACACUGAUUACAAAGAGAAGAUAGACGGAAUAUUGGAAGCCUACAGAGCCACACCUCAUCCAUCCACAUCAAAAAACCCAUUUGAGCUGAUGUUUGGUAGAAAGAUGAACUUGAAUAUUUUACCGACAAUGAAGAGAAGAGUAAAAGAUGAAGUUAUAAGAAAUUGUGAUGAACAAUAUAAAAAGAAAGCGAAGAAGUAUUAUGAUAGAAAAAAGAACGUCAAGAAAUCACACAUCAGAUUGGGUGAUCGAGUAUUGAUGAAAGAUAAAAGAACCGAUCGACUCGGACCUGAAGUAGGGAUCGUAAUUGGAACAACUGAACAUUCCAUUACUGUGCAGUUCGGAAAUGGAAGAAUCUUCAAGAGAGAUAAAUCGCACAUAAAAAAUGUUAAUAAAGCUGUAGUUCCAUCCAGUCAGAGAAAUCCAAAGAAGAAGAAUAGAGAUGAAGAACAAAUACAAUAUGAGUUAUAUGACACAAACGGAAGUGAUGAAGAAGAAUUCGAUGAACAGAAUACCCUAAGAAUGAAAUCUGGUCGAGAAAUCAGGAAACCAGAACGAUUUGGAGAUUGGACUGUAUAG